UUACUAAAAUGUCUUCUGAUUCAAUACCAACGGUUCACGAUCUCACGUAUUAUGUAAAUAUAAUCAGGCGUUAUUUGAACCCCCCAUCUGCAACAGCGAUUAACUCGGAUGGCGAACAAACUAGCGAUGAAAGACUACAAUAUGCUAUAAAAUAUUAUCGUGAAGCAUACGAACUUUUUCCUAGUUCUUAUGAUAUAAAGCUCUUAGGACAUAGAAUUGCAAUCAAAGAAGGCAACAUGACUCAAGCGACGAUUCAAUUUGAUGAAUU